AUGGGGGCCAUAUCUCUCCUAUUGGCAGCUGAGUCCUGCAACUUCCCAGCUGCUCCCCUGGGCUGUGACAGGUCCACGGACACCUCUGGGAAGCAGAAUUCCAGCAGGAUGCUCUGUGCUGCCCCCCAGCCCCAAAAGCUGCUGCUCCAGGAGGACGCCGAGCUCCGGGUGGCCCUGGAGCAGCCGCCAGACCCCGCCACCGAGUGCUACAGCGUCCGCUGGACCCCCCUGCGCCCCGACGUCAGGCUGAAGGAUUGUUUCUCCAUGGCCAACGUCUCCUGGUUCGGCGGGGGGGGCACCCGGGCCCCCCGCUGGCCCCUCAACGGGGCCGAGAGCCAAGCCCAGCCCUUCGUCAGCGGGGACCUGGGCAGGAAUCCCGGCGGAUUCGGGCCUGUUCUGGACAGAUACUUCUUAGGCUCGACAGUGCGCUCCCUGCGGGCCGGGCGGGCCGGUUCCUGGCUCAGCCUCCAGCCCUGCCCCGGGGGCUGCUCGGUCCCACUGCUGACCAUGUGGAAGGGGCAGCUCUGUGCCCGGCUGAACGUCACCAGUGAGGAGGCCCUGAGCUGGUACCUGGCACGUGCCCAGCGCCUGCAGCAGCAGCUGGGAGCCACCUAUGUGGUCUUCGAGGGUGCUGAGGGGAACACCUUCCUGGAGCAGGCUCUGCCACCUCCUGCUGAGCUGCAGGGUGAUCGGUACACCCAGGUGCUGGCAGCAGCACUUGCCACGCUGGGAAAUGCCACUGUCAUCAGUGCUGGUACCAGGUCCAGCCACCUCCCACUCUUCAUCCAGAUGAGCCCCCUGCGCUCGGACUGGAGCCACGCGGGGCUGAAGGGGCUGAUCCCUUCCGUGCUGCACUACAGCCUCCUGGGCUACAACUUCUUCAUCCCCGAUGCAGUAGGAGGGAGUCUGGCUGGGGACACCCCGGGGGACCCGGAGCUGUACGUGCGGUGGCUGCAGAUCGUGACGUUCCUGCCCGUGAUGGCCUUCAGCACCCCCCCCUGGGUCUGCUGUGACACCUGGGUCCUGGUGGCCCCAGUCACAGAGAGAGGACACACGUGGAGAGAUAUCUACCUGCCUGGAGCAGGACACCUGUGGAGGGACACCAGCACUGCCCGCCUGUUUGACGGAGGCACCAUCCUCAGGAAUUACUCUGCUGGUCUCACAGAGGUGCCAGUUUUUGUCAAGACCUCCUGA